UAAAAGAGAAGGCACUAAACCCUCACAUUAACCCAAAACCCAAAACAAUAGCUCCAUUCCCAGGUCUAUUACCUCCGCCGUCGCAGCCGUGCACUACCGGAAAAAAUGGACAAAGCCAAAAAGAAGAAGAAAAACCCAACCCCAGAAGUCCAAUUUCGCUUAAGCCUAGACAACUGUUCAAAAACCAAAGAUCUUUCAACUGCCAUCUCCUUAUACGAAUCUGCUCUUUCAACAAUCCGCUUUUCCAAUAACCACUUCAACUCUUUUCUUUAUAUCUGCUCCAACGCUGUUUCAGACCCAUCAACGAAAAAACCCGCUAUCGAAUUCGGGUUUCGAAUCUUUGAUCAUAUGGUUUCGAGCAAUGUAACCCCCAAUGAGGCUACUGUCACGGCAGUUGCUAGGCUUGCGGCUGCAACUGAUGAUGGUGAUAAAGCGUUUGAGUUAGCUAAAGGAAUGGGGAAUUGUGGGAAGUUAAGGACUUAUGGGCCGGCUUUGUUUUGUUAUUGUAAGAUGGGUGAGGCUGAUAAGGCCUAUCAAGUUGAAGAUCACAUGAGGUCUAUUGGGUUGCAACUUGAGGAAGCUGAGCUUGUUGGUUUGUUAAAAGUGAGUGUGGAGAAAGAAAGGGAAGAGAAGGUCUAUCAAUAUUUACAUAAACUGAGAAUGUCAGUUAGGAGUGUAAGUGAGUCAGCAGCAGAAAUCAUACAUAGUUGGUUUGGAGGGGAAGUGGCAGCUAAGGUGGGGUUAUCCGACUGGGACAUGGGUCAGGUGAAAGAAGCAAUUUUACAAAAUGGAGGGGGGUGGCACGGUCGUGGAUGGCUUGGAAAGGGUAAAUGGACUGUACAGAGGUCCCGAAUAGCUCCAGAUGGGAGGUGUCUAACUUGUCGAGAACAGUUGGUUUGUGUUGAUAUUGACAAAGCAGAGACAGAAAGAUUUGCGGAGGCAGUCGCUUCUUUGGCUAUGGAAAGGGAAGUUCAUUCUAAUUUUAAGGAAUUUCAGGACUGGUUGGAACAGCAUUCAGAAUAUGAUGCUGUGGUGGAUGCAGCAAAUGUUGGGCUCUAUCAGCAGAACUUUGCUGAGGGUGGAUUUAGUAUUGCACAGCUUGUAAUUGUUGUGAAAGAAUUGCAUAGCAGAAGCAACAAGUGGCCACUGGUUGUAUUACAUAAGAAGCGUCUUCGUGCACUUCUUGAGGAUGCUUGCUAUAGAGAGUUGCUUGAAGAGUGGAUAAAUGAAAAAGUACUUUAUGGAACACCCUUUGGAUCCAAUGAUGACUGGUACUGGCUUUAUGCAGCAGUGAAACGUAAGUGUUUGCUCGUGACAAAUGAUGAAAUGAGAGAUCACAUUUUUGAGCUCCUGGGCAGUAGCUUUUUUGCCAUAUGGAAAGAAAGACAUCAGGUCAAGUACACUUUUGUUAAAGGGGAACCUAAGCUUCUGAUGCCACCCACAUAUUCUGCUGUCAUUCAGGAAUCCGAGAACGGAUCGUGGCAUGUGCCUCUGUCGGGUGAAGUAGCUGAGGAGUCGUCAAGGAUAUGGCUCUGCAUCACCAGACAAGCUUCAUGUGAAUCCAACAAUAAGCAGCAUGCAAGUGUAGAAGCUUUCGAAGUUAGUGAACUUGUAUGCAGUGAUCAAAUUGAAGACUCUUGCCAUUCAGAUAGUUUUGCAAGUCAGAAUGGCUUAAUUAGAUGUUCUGGUUUGGCUGGUAAGAGGAAAGAGAGGUCCCCAUCUCCAUCUCACUCCAGUCUAUAAUCUUGAAAUUUGAAGGUGAUGCCUUUUAGAACCUUACCAACUGCAUUGCAUUAUGGGUUCCCCACUCAUAUCAACUCAACUGUUUCCUCACCAAGUUAACUCCCCCCCCCCCCCCCCCCUCACCCCCCAACAAAUUAAUGAACUGGGGGGAAUUUAUUUGUGUGCGUGUUCGUCAAAUGAACAUAAAAGAUUUGAAAUUAUGCAUAAUCCCUUGCAUGGAAUGCAGCUUCUGGUCAAGACUGUUGUACUAAAUGUAAUGUCAAAGCUGAAACAUUAGCAACAUAAAUGACUGGCAGGGGAUACAUCUCUUCAGCACCACUCUCGGGUUUUUUUCUAUUACAAAUGGAUUCUUCAGUUUCUGCAAAUUUGUGUUGGCAUCUUAAGUUUA